AUGGUCCUAUUACCGGGAUACCGGGCCGCGAAAGCACAGCCUUUUCAACGUAUACUGUUUUUUCUAGGCGCUAAUGAGGUCGGAGGCCACGCUUAUCUAUAUCGGAUGCUGCAGAAGACCCAGCACCCGUUGUAUAUUAUCUAUGCAACUCGUCGCCCAACCGACGGUCAAGUUCCCUUCAAUGUUUUGUUGAGAAGUGAAGAGUUUCAAAAGCGUCUUGCUGAAACCAAGUCCUCGAUGUUGUUUUAUCAAUCACCAUGGAAAUAUACAGACCUGGGUAGUGAUGAUGAUUGGGUAACCAGGGCUAGAAAGCCGAUUAUACGGUGUUCAUCGGCCCACGGCGAACGUCCUAUCAGCUAUAUUUUCAUCAACGGACAUGAACACUACGGAAUGCAACAAAACUCUGAAGAGAAUAAUAUGGCCCGAAUGCUCCGGCUCCAAAAGUACUGGGCUCCCUAUCAAGGCGCUUUGACCACGAUUGCGAGGCCCGACAAGAAUAACAUCUAUGAUCACCAAAUCGCUUACGUCACCACAAAAUUUUUUGUUACUCAUAUGAGCGCUACUAUCAAUGCCCUAUUACCAAUGGUGCGCGAUGACGGCGAAGGGGUCGUAGUUUUGAAGACUCCCAGAUCUGGCAAGCUUGAAAUCGUAGGCUCGCGACAACUGCGAGCUGAUUUUGUUAACCCAACACCCCGUUUCUAUGAAUCCGCAGUUCAAGAAGUCCGGAAAGUUUCUGAUUCUUUAACGAAAACAAAACAAUUACGUGAACCGCCAUGGCCACAUAAGCGUAAUUGGCUGCGGUUAGGGGAUAUAUUUGCAAAAUCGCUUAUUACCAUGUAUCAAUCGUUCACACCAUUCCAAAACAUCACUUUCCGUCGGUGCGCCCAUGACUACGACGACAUUGAUGGCCCCGCUUCGUUAUUGAUGGACCCGAAUAUUCGGAUAGCAAAUUCAGGAUUUGACCAAGAAGACUUGGAUUCACUUACUCUGGACUUCUUCGAAGACGUUGAAGCUGCGCCCCCGAUAACAGGCGGCCUCAUUCGCCGAACGGCGAGCCCUCUCGUCUUACCACACAACCGAGGUCGGGGUAAUCGGAAGGACUGGAUGACAAAAAAGCUUCUGGGAGGGCCUGGAGACCGGAAACCCCUCGUCAGAUCCGUUAUUCCAGCCUUGAGCAUAGAUGAAGGAGGUGGACCUAGCCGUUACAAUCCCUUUGACCAGCGUUUUGAACCCUACCUCGCGCAUCCGAAGGAGGGGAAGCCUCCCUUUGUGUCUAAGAAGAGGCCUCCAUUUGCGCCCAAGUCUGAUACUUAA